AUUGGCCAUAAACCAUUCUCAACCAAGUUCUUGCGCAUCCCAUCGCCAUAAGCAUCAAACCAUCAACAAUGACGACUCGUAACGGUGCAUUUUUGCUGUCUCCACAAUGCCAUGACAAGAAAGCGUUGAGCGACGCAGUGUACGGUCAUGCUACUCCUACUUCCGAGGAAGAAGAAACCAUCACAUCCUCCUUUUCCAAUGACUCUUCAUCAGCAUCAUUUGGCAAGACCACACCCAAUCAGGACGAAACUCGAAGCCCACCGCUCCCCUCUCCCUCCUCAAGAACACCCCCUGGGAAGCCUCGGUCGGCGGAGAAGUCGAUUCAGAGAUUCCGACUCUUGCGCUCUACACCACCUUCAUUUGACACGGCUGGUGUCGUUGUUCGUUACGAUGACGAAUCCAUCACGGAAGAAGACAUUCAAACACUCAUGAAUAAGAGCUCUCUCAUGUCGAUUGUGGCUUGGAAUCCGAUCAAGCGACGAGAAGUAGCCUACGAAGGACAAAUGUCGAUUGUCCAGGACUCAACCCCUGGCAACCAACAAAACCAGUUUUUUAUGACCUGUCAACACAAUGUCCACAAUGGAUGGAAUGUUGACGACGAACUAGAGUUUGUGCUGAGCACAUCUCAGAUCUUGCCUGGCGACACCCCGCGAGUCACCAUUCCCUUCCCUGGUCAGGGCGAUACCUACCAAGGACCCCCUGAGCCUUUGCGAAAUGGCCAUUGCUGGUCCUCUGGCCCUGAAGUAUGUCGUGGCCCAGGAGCCAAUGUGCGAUCCUUGCUGCAUGCUCCAGCACUCCAGGAAUUUCGGGAGGCGAUGGAGCCAACCAUGGUCGUGGACGCUAAUUUUCGAUACCUUCGAGGGACGAAGGUGGCGAUCGUAGCCUACACUAUCAACCCUCUGAAGUUGAAGUUGGAUGGCUUGUCCGGGAAUUUUCCUCUUUGGAUGCAGAUCGCCAAAAAAAAGUUGCAGUCAUGCUUCCCACAUGUCUUUGGCCCUUGCCCGGUACCAAAUCUUGAGCUGGUCAUCACUACUGGUACGAUCACCCUCGACGCCGCCCAAGGGGAAACUCACGUCGAGUACAAUGUCAAUACCGUGGGAGGACAUUCUGGCGCGCUUGUGAUUGUUUGGGAUAAGAAUCACCCUUACAAUGGGCAGGCCAUUGCGGUCCACGUUGGCUACAAGGAAGAGCUGGGCGCCAAUAUUGGUUUUCAACUCCAGGGAAUGAAUUUCAAUUGAAUGCCACAGCAGACAUGGUAUCAACCUAACCCUAACUUAGUCCUAUUCCUAUUUUCUACCA